AUGAAUCAGUGGCGACGCUGGACAAACGAAGUCAUUCCUUCCUUGAUCGCUCCAUACCUUACAUACUUGCGCAAAUCGACUUCUCUUCGCGAUCGAAUUGAACUGCAGCCAGAUGGAGUUGCUACCUUUCAGUGCAAAUCGUCUUGUCGACGGAGGGUUCUCGAUAUCACUUGCAUACUCUUCAAUCAUAUCGAGAUAUUACGAAUUGAGUGCUGCACUUGCGCGCCUGCUCCCCUUCAGCUCCUGUCUCGCGGUUACUUUGCCUGCGCUCCCAUCGCUCCUUCCCUCGCUGUCGACCUUCAGUUGCUGGAACUUGUCAAAACCUUGUUCGUACAUACCACUCCCAACACAACUGCUUGGUGCGAAACACUCGAAGUCUUUCUGGCUGGCCGCGGGUAUCACCUUACCACCAAGGAUAAUCUUCGUCGUCGGUUUGGUAACGCCUAUCAUUGGUACUCUGUACUCUUCAUGAGUGCUGAUGAUCACCUGUCCAAUGUCAUUGGAACUCAUCGCCCACUUCCACCGCCGUCAACUGAGGGACUAACACGUCCAAGUGACUAUCUAAGGUCUCGUUGUCCGAUUUGUUUUGGCUUGGAUGAUUGGCGAAAAAGUAGAACUCUUAAUCUCAAACCUGACGUCCAUACUUGUAUUGACGCAUGCUUCACUCAAAAACGUUCAUCGGACCAACGCGGUGGAGGGCCAGAUCCCCCAAACCCAGUCAGAUCGGUUUUCCUUUCGGACGAUGAGGUGACAUCGAUGGAGGUUCAUAGAAAGCGACCUGCAGCCACAGAAGAGGAGGGGGAUGACUACGAGGAUGGCAUGCGAGUCCCGACGUCUGUGCUAGAUGGCUGCGGUGAUUCUUUUCUUGCCGCUGAUGAGAAACGUGAAAAGGCUAGUACCCAAUUUUUUGCAGAUACAGGCGUGAUGGCCAUGCUAUGUCGGCACGAUCGUGUAUUAUGGCUCGCCAACAUGACGUCGGCGGGAGAAAAGCAACACUAUGCUCUCGCCCUCAUCCAGAAACUUUUCGAUAAUCUCCCUACCGAUAUGACCGUUGGCCUGUUGUAUGACAUUGGCUGUCAGCUUCAUCGAAGUUGUCUCAAGUACCGACUCCUCGAUGAUGCGGUUCUUCGCCGUAUAACUUUCGCGAUAUCAGUCUUUCACGCCUACGGCCACCAAUGGGCAUGUCAAAUUAUAUACCAUCCUCGCAAAUGUGAAGGCUUUGGCCUUUCGGAUGGAGAAGGUUGCGAGCGUUUAUGGAGUGCACUGAAACAUCUCAUUGCUCCGCUACGCGUUUCUGGGUUUCAUCAGCGACUUUUUGUCCUCAACACUCAAGUCCGGCACCUCGAUGAGAAGAACCUUAGUUUAUAUGGCAACUGGUUGAUCCGGAGGUGGAAUAACUGCAUCAAGAAGAAGAGUACUGCAACGCAGGCUCUACGUGAGCUUUCAGUCGAUGAGAUCUGUGUACGCCAGGAAUGGCAAUCGCAAGUUGAAUAUCAGACGAAACCCCUGCCUCGAAGAUCGAAGACAAAUAAUGACGAGGAAAUCUCAAAAAUUCUCUCCCUUGAGAAAUCUCUUAUUGAGAUUGAUGGAGCGUUGCGACGCAUGGAAACGCAACUUUGUAUGGGAAAUGUUGACAAUCUCACUGACUACAAUCUUCGUCUCAUUGAAGAGCGCGCUCACCGAUCAAGAGUCGCAGACACUUUGAGCCGCUGGAAGACAAGACUUGGCAUCAGUCAGCGCACCCGUCUAGAACAACUACGUCGCAACAUAUAUCUACAAGUCCGUUUAGACGCUCAAGCUCUUAAAACGCGUAUCCGCGAACGACUUCGACAGCGCAAGUUCGAAAUUGAGAAGCUUGAACGCUCUUACAGGCAAGCUGUAAACGAGCGCAAGCUUAAUUCCCAUGUCGAUGCUGCAAUCCAGCGGCGCAAUCCUACGAUACGAAAGCUCGUGUCCACAUAUAAUAACUUAUGUGCUGAUCUUAGUGCUCUUAUCAGACAACGCCGCAGUCCUCCGAAUGCUAUACCACCCAACCCCAUCUCUCCUACCGGUAUUUUUGAUCUUGAUAUUGAUGCUGAUAUUUGGGAGGACAUUGGACUUGACGAUGUCGUGCCGGAACCCCCUGAUUGGCUAGCUGAUGAGGUCACACGUGCUGCGAUCAGACUGCUGCUUGAGAUUGACCGAUGCAACGAAGAAGAGUCUCGUGUGAAGGUAGAGCGCUGUGCUCUGCAAGAGUGGGCCAUGCGUGAGUGGGAUGGUCUACAGAGGGCGCGUGCACAUGCAAAAGAUGAUGAAGCGAUCCUCUAUCACAUGAAUUGCCGUGCUCGACAAUUCAUUACGAAGGUUCGUCCCAUUCCAUGUGCAUGGCCUAUGCCUGACUGCUGGGGGCCGUCUCAAACCGAACUUGCUAAUGGGACACCUGUGGUGUACCCUGAUGACCCUGAUGACGAAGAUCAUGUAUCGGAUGAUGGAGAUGACUGGGAAUCUGAUAUUGGCUGUGGUGAUGAGGAGCUUAUGGAUGUUUUAGAAGAUAUUGCAUUAGCGGAUCAGUAUAGAGGGCAAGAGGAACAUGACAUCGAGGGUGACUAUGUAAUUCAUGAAUCAUUGAUAGAUAGCCCAACAAAACGUGUUAGAUUUAAUUUGUAG